AUGGAGCAGAAUCAGCUGGACCAAGAUACCUUCUCCUGUUCGAUCUGUCUGGAUCUACUGAAGAAUCCGGUGACUAUUCCCUGUGGACACAGUUACUGUAGGAACUGUAUUAAAACACACUGGGAUGAAGAGGAUCAGAAAGGAAUCCACAGCUGUCCUCAGUGCAGGGAGAUCUUUACAGCAAGGCCCGUUCUGAAGAAAAGCUCCAUGUUAGCAGCUUUAGUGGAGCAGUUGAAGAAGACUGGACUCCAAGCUUCUCCUGCUGAUCACUGCUAUGCUGGACCUGAAGAUGUGGCCUGUGAUUUCUGCACUAGAAGAAAACUGAAAGCCAUCAAGUCCUGUUUAGUCUGUCUGGCCUCUUACUGUGAGAAACAUCUUCAGCCUCAUUAUGAUUCAGCUACAUUUAAGAAACACAAGCUGGUGGAGCCCUCCAAGAACCUCCAGGAGAACAUCUGCUCUCGUCAUGAUGAGAUGAUGAAGAUGUUCUGUCGUACUGAUCAGAAGUGUAUCUGUUAUCUCUGCUCUGUGGAUGAACAUAAAGGCCACGACACAGUCUCAGCUGCAGCAGAAAGGACUGAGAGGCAGAGAGAGCUGGAGGUGAGACGAGAAGAAAUCCAGCAGAGAAUCCAGGACAGAGAGAAAGAUGUGAAGCUGCUUCAACAGGAGGUGGAGGCCAUCAAUCACUCUGCUGAUAAAACAGUGGAGGACAGUGAGAAGAUCUUCACUGAGCUGAUCCGUCUCAUCCAGAAAAGAAGCUCUGAUGUGAAGCAGCAGAUCAGAUCCCAGCAGGAAACUGAAGUGAGUCGAGUCAAAGAGCUUCAGGAGAAGCUGGAGCAGGAGAUCACUGAGCUGAAGAGAAAAGACGCUGAGCUGAAGCAGCUCUCAAACACAGAAGAUCACAACCAGUUUCUCCACAACUACCCCUCACUGUCAGCACUCAGUGAGUCUACACACUCAUCCAGCAUCAAUAUCCGUCCUCUGAGAUACUUUGAGGAUGUGACAGCAGCUGUGUCAGAGCUCAGAGAUAAACUACAGGACAUCCUGAGAGACACAUGGACAAACAUCUCACUGACCCUCACUGAGGUGGAGGUUUUACUGUCAGAACCAGAACCAAAGAGCAGAGCUGGAUUCUUAAAAUAUUCAUGUGAAAUCACACUGGAUCCAAACACAGCAAACACAUGGUUGUUACUAUCAGAGGAGAACAGGAAGGUGACAUGGAUGGGUCGACCUCAGUCUUAUUCUAGUCACCCAAACAGAUUCACUAAUUGGCCUCAGGUUCUGAGUAGAGAGAGUCUGACUGGACGUUGUUACUGGGAGGUGGAGUGGAGAGGGUUAGUUUAUGUAGCAGUCGCAUACAAGAACAUCAGGAGAGCAGGAAGUGGGAAUGAAUGUGGAUUUGGAUGUAAUGACAAAUCUUGGGCUUUACUUUUUGAAAAAAAUGGUAAUUCAUUUUGGUACAACAAUACCAAAACCCGUAUCUCAGGUCCUGGUUCCUCCAGAGUAGGAGUGUACCUGGAUCACAGAGCAGGUCUUCUGUCCUUCUACAGCAUCUCUGAAACCAUGACUCUCCUCCACAGAGUCCAGACCACAUUCACUCAGCCGCUACAUGCUGGAGUUGGUUUUGGUGAUGGAGUUUUCAAUAGUCUCAUUGGAGAUUCUGCAGAGUUCUGUAAACCCAAAUAGACAGACUCAACUGAAGGUUUAGGGAGUUUGAUUCUGAUUUAAUUUAAUUAAUUCAAUUAAUUUAAUUUAAUUUAAUU